UUUAAAAUCUUCCCGGUGAGACUUCCUGCUAAAUAUAAGUGGUUAUUCUAGUUGUUCAACAACUUGUGGAACUCGGUCCGCAAAAGGGGGAAAGCUACAGUGCAGUUACCCGAAACUAAGGACGAGACUGUCAAGUUACUGUUACAUUUUUUACUUAAAGAAAACAAAUUACUUUUUUAUGGAACUUAAGAUAAUAUAUUCCUAAAUUUCGCUUUAAUGUUUUUGCGCGGAUGGAAAAACAAGUUGAAGAAAGGUGUGGUGGGGUGUGCAUAGUUUAAACUCGAGGAGGCCGGGGUAAUCUCAGUCGGAAAGGACGAGAAGCGUCGAAAACUUGCGUAUGUUAAGGUCCCUGAAGUCCGAUUCCUGUUUAUUUGCGUUAAGCCAGAAGGGGAACGAUCCAGGUCGUUCUGUGCUGUGCACACCCUGUCUGAGCCGUACGUAGCUGCAGGUCGGGUGACGCUACGAAUCCCCGCUGCUGUGCGGAGCCAUAUUGUUGGGGCACUCGGGAGUGCGUGUGAGCUCGUGAGCUCGUGUCCGUACGGGGAAAGCGCGAGACAGCCGGCGCGAGGGAGGAGGGCUAGCCGCCACCGAGCUGUGGGAGCACCGGCGAAAGUUAGCCGCACGGACGCUGUCGGCCACCGUCGAAGGUGACGGAAGGAUGGUUGACCGCCUAGCUAACAGUGAGGCCAACUCUAAGCGCAUUGCAGUGGUGGAGGGCUGCUUUGGGGCGGCAGGUCAGCCGCUGGCCAUCCCAGGACGGGUCCUCAUCGGAGAGGGUGUGUUAACUAAACUGUGCCGUAAGAAGCCCAAGGCCCGUCAGUUCUUCCUCUUCAACGACAUCCUUGUUUAUGGCAACAUAGUCAUUCAGAAGAAGAAGUACAACAAGCAACAUAUCAUCCCACUGGAGAGCGUCACCAUAGACACGGUGGAGGACGAAGGGGACCUGCGGAACGGCUGGCUCAUCAAGACGCCCACCAAGUCCUUUGCAGUCUAUGCUGCCACUGCCACAGAGAAGUCGGAGUGGAUGAACCACAUCAACAAGUGCGUGUCAGACCUUUUAGAGAAGAGUGGAAAGUUGCCCAGCAGUGAGCAUGCUGCCGUCUGGGUCCCUGACUCUGAGGCGUCUGUCUGCAUGCGCUGCCAGAAGAUUAAGUUCACGCCGGUGAGCCGGAGGCACCACUGCAGAAAGUGUGGCUUCGUGGUGUGCGGCCAGUGCUCGGAGAAGAAAUUCUUGCUGCCCAGCCAGUCAUCGAAGCCUGUGCGCGUGUGCGAGUUCUGCUAUGAGCAGCUUUCUGUGGGACAGCCGGGGGUUCCCAGUGGCUUCUCUGUCCGCUCGGACUCCUACAGCCAUAGCUCAAACAAAUUCUGUGGCAACAAUGUGUCUGACGAUGAGGAUGAAGACGACAGUAGUGAUUGAGGACUUCCUGCACUUUCCUCACCUUCUGGGACCGUAAAAUAGGAUCUUUCCUUUUUUUUUUUUGGAAAUUUCUCCUUCCCCAAUGGGCUUGAAAUUAGCAAACCAUGCAGGUGCACUAGUGAGGUGUGUGUGUGCGUUUGCCUUUCCUUUUCGUUUGAUCUUUUGAAUCCUGAGAUCCAUAACUAGCCUUAGUCUCCCAGGCCUGAUGAGGAUGGUGAUAACCUGCAAGUGAGUGUAUAGCUGUUUUAGUCUAACCCACCCUUCCAACCCAAAUCUCAUUGCCUCCGAUUCUGCCUGAGUUUAGUGUUUCUUUUGUCACUCUUCAUUUUGAGGAACUUAAGGCUGGGUUUUAAAACCCAGAACUUCAACAUGUGCUCUGUUCUCUUUUGCUCAUUUCCAGUUCUGGUGUCAGCUGCUUUUAUAAUGAAUUUAUAUCUUCUGAUCUCCUUUUCCUAGCCAUAUAUUUUUCUACCAAUGAACCUUGAAGCAUGUGCCUGCCUCAAUGCUGGUGUUUUUACAGAGAUGUGAACAUUGGUACCCUCUCGACAAAAGGCAUUUCUGUUGUAAAGCUUUCAGGCAAAGUUUUGGUGUGUGUACAUUUUUAUUCAGUUUUUUUCUACCCUUUAUACACAGCUUUUUAAAAUCUUAUGUUUGGUAUAUAAUGAUCCACUCUGUAAUUAACAAAUCAAAUGAAUAUGCAAACCCUGGAUGGUAAAUCAAAUUUUCUUGAAAUGUGACCGCAUGUUGUAUGCAUAUCUGAUCUGUAUUGCUCAUGACAAAUCAGGCAGAGGCUUCUCAAAACUUGCAAAAUUCUGCAGCGCUGUUUGAAAAAGCAGACGCUCACAUAAGUCUUUUCGUAAGUCUUAAUCACCGCUGUGCCUUAGGAUAAAUAUAUAAAUUCAGCCUGUCAAGAAAAUGCUACGUAGUUUCAGGGAAAGGACAAAGUAAGGUUGUUUUGUACUUCACAGACUUAAAUGAAUAGGCAGAUGAACCACAUUACAAAUGAAACUGACAUUGUAUAGCAUUUUAGUGAGUGAGUGAGUGUUUGCGUGUGUGUGUGUGUGUGUUUGCGUGUGUGUGAGGGAGAGGCCUUAAAGUGGCACAUCAAAAUUUUUUUAUGUGAAAUAUUGGGAAAAAAAGCUUAGUUUCCUACUUGCAUGCAGUCUCUCAAUCUCAAAUUCUCUAUUCAAUCAAAAUCAAUAUAUUGUAUGGUCUUCAUGUCCAAUGAAAGUGAAAGAACUCUUGUGAAAUUCUGGAUGAGUGGCAACAGGGGGGGUUGGACGGCUCAAAGUACAAUGGAGCCACCUGAUGUUGAAAUAAGCCAUUUGAUGAAGCCUACAUAGAUCUCUGGGUGCUGAGAGCAGGGAAAACCAUGAGCCGCACUCACCAGACGGCCACAGACGUAAUAGGCCUGCUGUGUGAUUGGCCUGCUGUGUGAUCUUGUGAAGGUCUGUUACCUUGGUCAGACGUGUUUGGUGCCACUAAAUGCUGAGAUACUCAUGGAAGGUUCCUGUUUUUGGAAGUAAUGCUGAAUAUGGUAACAGGAAGUCUGCUGUGGCAUGAAAUGAAAGAGGGAAGCACUGGUAGUCCACCUUACUCCACAGCUGACAGUUGUGUCUGAAAUGCACUAAUCUCCGCCUUGAUGAGUGUCUGCCACAGUAUUGCUUUGGAGCACUUGAGUGUUUCGUUCAGCCUGGCCAAUGGAUUACAGGCAUUAUAUUAUGUGAUUUUUACUAAAACAGUCCCCAUAAGCACAGGUGUUAUCUUUUUAAUAAAUUGUUUGCUUGAAGGGCAGACAUGACUCCUUUAAAAACAAAAAAGGGACCCCUGUGUUCUUCCCUUUGAGUGCUGUGCUGUACUGUAGCAUAAAGACAUCUAAUGUUCAGCAAUAAUUUUCCCUCAAAUGAGCACUUAACUAUUCCCCCCCCCCCCCCCACCCAACCACGUUUCAUUUGAUGUGUUGUGAUUACUCUUUGUAGAGGAUAAACAACAAUGCGUUCUGUAAUGGCAAGGAGGAUUAAAUGCUCUCUCAAGUUUCUCACUCUUAUUCUGUACUUUUGAGGGUUCAGCUGUCUGAGCAAAAAAAAAAAAGGACCGUUUUUUUUAUCAGGGUGUCUGCUGUGCCUCAGUUCAUGUCCCACACUAUACACUCUGAUUCCGUAGCAGUGUUUUCCAAUCCAGUCCUCGGGGACCUGCAGAUAGUCCACGUUUGUGCAUCCUCCCAGCUCCCAAAAACGUGGACGCUCUGUGGGUCCGGAAGGACUGGCUUGGGAAAUGUUGCCCUAACUAUUACCCACGUGCCUGGGGGGGCCAGCAAGCAGCCCUCCACAUAGCAGCACCCCCGUCUUUCAGUUAAGUGUCUGGGGUGGACUUUAGAGAACCUGAGUCUAGUUUACAGUAAAUUAGACAUUUCUUGGUGCCCCUAUUUGAGAUUUUCCUACAAAUGGUUUCUUAAUUGUCUGUUUUUCAUUUUCCUGUCUAUCGUCUGUCUUUACUGCUUGUUUAAAAGCUAAAAUGUUUCAGAAGGGCUUAAACCUGAAUGUAACCUAGCAUAAUUCUUAGUUGCUUAUUUUCUGAGGAAAUAUAUUUGUGUUGCUCCAGUUUUUGUGUUUGUGUUUUGUCCUGCCUGGGUGAGGCUAAGGAAUGAGGUUUGUGUUCACAGUGAACAGCAGCUGAUCCAGUAAACACUGGAAUGGCUGACCCUGGGCCAAGGUGCAUGACUGUCUUUAUUAAAUAAAUGAUAUCCUGAUGACACUAUGGGUCUUUUUAAAAAUACAGAAAACGCUUGUCUGUGGAAGAGAGAUACUACUACAAAUGCGGUGUAUGCGUAAACAAUGCAAGGACACACCUUUCUACACAUCCCACAGCUGGGUCAAAGAUUGUGGUCCUUUUUCAUGAUUGGCCUGUCAGUGAUUCACCAGUGCAUUACAGCAAUAAAGUGGCUGGGUUUUGCAUUA